UGUAUGUGUGGGUUUCCCUUUUAAAGUAGUGAAAAGGGCUCCUAAGUUUGAAAAAACACUUCACAUAUACAGAAUUAAAGUGUGCUGGCAUGCCAAGCUUUCAUUUUGGUCUGUUUUGUUCUACAGCAGGCUAUGUCAAACUGAUGGUCUCGCAAAGCAGAUGUGUUUGAAACAUGCCCUGUAGCAAAUGUGUUCAGUAACUCACUGGCUUUCAUGAGUGCAUGUGUUUGCUAAGAAAUUACUCAUAUAAUGCUAGGUAUAUUCGGACACAGUAGCCAGACUUUUCACAAAGGCCACGUGGGUAUGUGAAGUUAUCUUGUCAAAAUACAGUAGGUGAAUAACAUAGUGCAUGAUUUUAGACCAUGUUGACUCUUUUAAACUUUAUCCUGAAAGGAAAUUGUGUUGUAUGUUUAGUUUAGUGAUGUUUCCCCAGAGAACUAGGUUCCCUUCUCUGACAUCAACAGUUGAAAACUAACAAGUUAGCCACUUGAGAAAUCAAAGUAUUUGUGGAUGAAUUCAGAAUCAUUUUUGUUCUACACUAAAUGCAAAGUAAUGCUUUUCAGGUUAACAAGAGUCUCUUGUAGCUCUGAAGAGAUGAAAGUUACUGAAAAUCAUUUUGAACCCUUUUGGUUAUCAAAAGCAAAUUGAAAAGCUCACUCAAGUGACAUGCUUCAAUGAGAGGACUUGUCUGCUGCAUUUCAAACUGUGACACUGGUGCCCCAGCCCAUGCUGCCCCUGGGUUGCCUUUAUCAGUAGCUUUUUGUUUUACCCUAAAGGAUAUCUAGAGUUCACAGGAUUUAGGAUGACCAUCUGAAUAAAUGGUGUGAGUCCAGACAGUGAUUUACCCAUCCCAGACACUUUUGACUGAUGGAAUGUACUUUGUUAACAUGGCCAGAAAUUGCCUUUAGUCUCAACAAAACCCGUUUUUGAGCUCAUUUGCUGUAAGAUUCACUGUUGAGAACAGAGGGAAGGAAUUUGACUUGAGGCGUCUGUGCUGCAGCUCGCACAGAUGGACUGCACUCACUUUGGCAACCUCUGUACAGAGCAUGGUAUAGAGUGAGUUGUGUUCUGUGCGGUCUGCAGGACCUGAUGCUUCCUUUUCUAAACCUCAGUGCUAGGCAAUUGCUUUAGUCUUUUGUACUGAACUUAAGACAGGAGUUUGACGGUAUUCAAAUUUUAUAGCUAAUAAAAGCUUUUUACUUGUACCUUGCACAACAGUAGAUCUUCCAAAUAACAAAAUAGGAGUGAUACUCAUGUAACAAGUACUGAACAGUUGCAGACAACAUGCAAUGGGUAAGAUUUAAUCUCAAUUUUUAAGUGUUGUAUUAAUACCUCAAGUUCAAUUUUUAUGUAGAAAGCUCAGUGCUCAACUUUAUUUUUUGAUACCAUGAAUGCUGUAUCAUCAAAAUAAUCAUCUUUUGCAGGUUUCUAGAUCACUGAUAAUGGUUAUACAGGUACCUGAAUAUGCUUUAAAAGCAGCAGUGAAAAUGUAACUUCUCAAGGAUUGCUUGAAACAAAACGUGGUUGACUCCAGCGUUGAGUCUGGAUUCAUUAAUGUAUAUAAAUCACACAAAGCAGUUUGUUUAGUAUACUAGUAAAGUAAUAUUAGAUAGCUUAGGAUAUAGAUUUAUUAUAACAUUUUUUCUUAAAUGCUUCUGUUUACAACAACAAGGGGAUAACAAAUAUAUUUGCAUCUUUAUUUAAAGAGUUACCAAUAGCAUUUCAUUGCCGAACACUGCUUCGUUUGCUGAUAAAAGAGAUACUGUAAUAAUCAAGUGGGGAUAAGUUUCUGAUCUGUAGUCCAUUAUUGAAGCAUUGUGGUAAGUUGUGUAGUUACACUACGUUUUAAAAGACCUAUUUAUCAAAAGGUUUUGUUUAUCCAAAGUAAAAGUACUGUCAAAUACUUUUGAGUAUAAUCUUUGAACAAUAAUUACCUAUUUAAUUUAAGAAAUGCCAUCUCUACUCAGUGCCAUUAACAGCUGACUGUGAGAUGAACCUCUGUACUGCCUUGGAAUAGGCAAGUGACUAGCUAGCUGGCACUUGUAGCCAAGACGUACAGCAAAGUUCUGCUACACUAAAUUUAAGUUCUCAUUCUUUUCUGCAUGUGAACCUAGCACAUUAAGCAGAUACUGGGGAUAUUUUACUGAUAGGAGUCUUCUGGAGAUAUUCUUACCCUGUUUUUCCUAGAAAUAGAGCAGCAGUUGCCUGCAAAGGCCUCUUGUGUGGUUCUGGCUUUGUGCCUUUACUGGGAGUGGUUUGGGGAUAAGUAGUAAAGAACAGAAAAAUGAUCUUCCUGUUCUUUGUAUGGACUUUUUUUUUUUGUGCAUGUGGUGUUUAUGUAGACUUUAGAAUGUAUUACACAAGUAUUUCAACUAACUAGCUAUUGAUGUGGAUUAAGUGUUAGUUCAACACCAGAACUUCAUGUGGUGCUGUGGAAGGCGGCAGAUUUUUCACGUUAGGUACAAGUACUUAAUUGAAACUGUUUGCAUAAUAGGAUGUUAGUAAACUUAAAGAUUGGGUAGCUUAUAUCUCAUUUGAGUGCAUGACAAAGCUUGCUAGGGCAAGUAUUCACUAAUAGAGUGUCCUAAUAAACUGUAAUGUGUUUUGUUAUUCUAAGGAAUUUUAAGAGAUAAUGGAACUACUGCUUCUCCAGUAAUACCUGUGCUGUUUCUUGCUUAGAUAAAGAGUUAGCUUGUUUUCUAGAUGAUUGUAUCCUGUUCAAAUAAAGGCACGUUAACUUCCAAGACUGCUUCUUCUCUCACUUACUAUGUUGUGCAUAGGCAGAAUAUUCUUUUAGGUAUGUCUCCCUAUUCAUCCAAAUACUUUUAAUUGUCAGCACUCAAAAUAAGAUGAUAAACUAAGUACUUCUUAUGUUCAGUUUGCUGGCUGCUUCUAUUCUGUAAUAGAUUCCCAAGGCAAUUCUGUAUUCAUUCUGUUCAGAAUCUUAAAAUUAGGGACAGUGCUUCUCCACUGUUUUGGGAGAACGAAUGUAUUAAUGAUUACAAGAUAUUCAAAUUAAUGGUUUUAGAAGCUGCAGGACUGUAUGUGAUACAUAGAUAACUGAUGACAUCUGAGUCUAAGAAGUGAAUGCACUCAGGUACUUCAUACAUGAGAGAAAUGAUGCAGUUGCAGACUAGAUGAGGUUCUAGGACAUAUUUAAGUGUCCCAGUUUAUUUAAGGAAUAUUUCCCAUUACAGAUUUUCUGUAGUAAGAUCUGUCCUCAUUUUCAAGUUUUAAUUGCAGUUCUUUCUAUUACAGUAUGAAAACCCACUAAAAUAACUUGAUCUGAGAGUCCCCUUAGUGGGUUACAUAACUCCUGGCUUUAAUCUGGACAAAACUCCGCUUCACACACAAAAACCGAAUUAGAGUAUUCCUGGUUUUUGCGAAGAGAAGUGAGCAGCUUUCUAUUUUUAUCUGUGAUUAAUCUGGCGUUUGGCUUUCCAGUUCAAGUACUCCUCAGUGCACAGGAAAAUCUGCCAUCAGCCAAGUCACUGCAGAUUCUCAGAACAUACAUUAGUGGGGACCUUCAAAUGUCAGCUCCUGCUGAGAGGGACCCUUCAGGAAGGAUAGCAGGCAUUACUCAGGUAUAUCUGAACCUUCUUUUAUUGCUAAAAGUGAAGAUCGCUUGUUUAAACAUUUAUUUGAAGACUAUCAAAGAUGGGUUCGUCCAGUGGAACGCUUGAACGACACAAUAAAAAUCAAGUUUGGCCUUGCAAUCUCCCAGCUAGUAGAUGUGGAUGAGAAAAAUCAAUUGAUGACAACAAAUGUCUGGUUGAAGCAGGAAUGGAUAGAUGUAAGAUUAAGGUGGAAUCCUGAAGACUAUGCUGGAAUAACGUCUAUUCGUGUCCCAUCAGAUUCUAUUUGGAUUCCAGAUAUUGUGUUGUAUGACAAUGCAGAUGGACGUUUUGAGGGAACAUCUACAAAAACUGUGGUGAAAUAUGAUGGCACCAUUGCUUGGACUCCACCAGCAAACUACAAAAGUUCUUGUACUAUCGAUGUAACCUUCUUCCCCUUCGACCUCCAGAACUGCUCUAUGAAGUUUGGCUCCUGGACUUACGAUGGUUCACAAGUUGACCUAAUUCUUGAAGAUUAUGACGUUGACAAAAGAGACUUUUUUGAUAACGGAGAAUGGGAAAUAGUGACUGCAACAGGGAGCAAAGGAAAUAGGACUGAUGGAUGCUGCUGGUAUCCUUUUGUUACAUAUUCGUUCAUAAUUAGACGUUUGCCACUUUUUUACACAUUGUUUCUCAUUAUUCCUUGUAUUGGCCUUUCAUUUCUGACUGUCCUUGUCUUCUAUCUUCCUUCAAAUGAAGGUGAAAAAAUUUCACUUUGCACUUCAGUACUGGUAUCUUUAACUGUGUUUCUUCUUGUUAUUGAAGAGAUUAUUCCGUCAUCUUCUAAAGUUAUUCCACUUAUAGGAGAAUACUUGGUGUUUACGAUGAUAUUUGUGACGUUGUCCAUUGUGAUAACUGUAUUUGCUAUCAAUAUCCAUCAUCGUUCUUCAUCUACACACAACGCUAUGGCACCUUGGGUUCGCAAGAUAUUUCUUCACAGACUUCCCAAGCUGCUUUGCAUGAGAAGUCAUGUGGAUAGAUACUUUCCUCAGAAGGAGGAAACAGGAAAUAUGAAUGGAUCAGAACCAUCUAGGAACACCUUGGAAGCAGCUCUAGAUUCUAUCCGCUAUAUUAGAAGACAUGUUAUGAAGGAGAAUGAAGUUCGUGAGGUUGUUGAAGACUGGAAAUUUAUUGCUCAGGUGCUUGAUCAAAUGUUCUUAUGGACUUUUCUUUUGGUUUCAAUAGUUGGAUCACUUGUGUUAUUUAUUCCUGUUAUUCAUAAAUGGGCAAGUAUAAUAGUACCUACAAAUAUAGGCAGUACAAAUGCAUAAAAUAGUUUUGGAUCUGGGUCCUGCUAAUAUGGCUCAGGAGUUUUGCAGUAGCUCUGUUUCCAUGUAUGUUCUUUGUAGGCAUGUUUCUGAUAGAGUAACAAGAAAUUGAAACCCAGAAAAUUAUGUUUAAUUUAAAGCAUGGCAUCCCUAGGACACAUAGAAGUCUAUUUGCUUAUUGCCAGUCUAAGUUACCUUUAAAUCAGGUCAGAAUUAGAAGGAUCUUCUUAAGCCCUUGCAUGUAUGAUAUGUCUGAAAACCACACACAGGCACUUGCUGCAAGGUAGAAGAAUUUAGAAUGUUUUUGUGAUGAUUGCUAGAGUCCAAUUGUUAAAUUAUUGUAGGAAUUGUUAUAUUGAAUAUUAAAUACUUGCAGAUAUUAACACAGUAGAGUUGCUUAUUUCAAUUUCCUAUAGUACACAAAAGAGAACUUUUAGUGGCUCUCUUGAAUGUGUUGUAAAAGCAUAAGGUUUAUACAAAGUAAAUUCAAAAUAAUAAUAAUACCAAUAAAAAUUCCUGUAUAUCCAACAUAUCAGUAAAAGUAGCAAUCUGGCUGUGUUUUGCCUGUAUUAAUUCAAUGGAAUUUGCAGCUAAAUUUCAAUCCUUUUAGUUUUAUUAUACUAACACAAACAUUUAAUAGAGUAAACUUUAUUAAAAUGCCUGCAGGAUACAGGUAUAUCGAUAUCUCUGUGUCAGUUAUGGAGAAGAAGACAGACACAAUUAAAUGAGUUCCCAAGUUGCACAGGUAUUCUAAUGGACCAGAACAUUCAGAUAUAUUUAUUCUUGAUGAAGGAUUUGAUACAGUAUGUUAGUUGAAAACAGGUUAAUCAUUUCCUGCCUUUGUGCAUUUCUCAGAAUUAAGCUUUUAAGCACAAUUAGAAGGAAUAUGGGGAAUGCCUUUCUGAAGGAAAUGGGUUGAAAACUACUAUGCUGUGUAACCAAAUUGAAAUGAUUGAUAUUUCACACAGUUGUUAAACUGGACUUAGAAAUUUACCUUUUAAUCGGUUCUCUCCAUUAUAGAACCACAUGUAACUCUAAACAAUGAGGACUUGUGUCUUCCCAUGCUUUUUUUCUGAAAGUGCUGAAAACUAACUUGUAACUUUUAAUCCAUUAAGAUACAUUCUUUAAAUACUGAUUUUAAAUGUAGUAUGAUGCCACCUUUCUUAAAAGCUUUAUUUCUGGAAGAGACACUAAAAUUGAUGGGGCUUCUCCACCACCAAAGUUUUGUCAGUGCACUUCGUAGUGUUGCAUAUUGCAGGGCUAGUGCAGUAAUGCCAAGGUGGAGCAAGUCUUGUGAGGUUUUUAUUUUUGUUUACUUAGAUUUCUACAUUAACAUGCUUAGAUUAGAAAUGUAAUGUAAAUUGUGGUAUCUUGGAUAAUGUAAGUUAUGAAUAUGGAAAAUGCAUAAGUAUUUCCCCCCAUCUCUUUAAGAAUAGUGCCAUUUGGCACUGUACUGAUCAUAAUGCUGAUUGCUUAUAUCAUAACUUAUAGAUUAUUGAAUAUUUAUUUCAAAUGUUUUUUGUGUGUAGGACAUUCUUGGGUUUGUGUAGCUUUUAAAGGCUCUUAAAAUACGCCAGUUUAUAAUUAAUUCUGAUGAUAAAGAGUCCCUCCUUCCUCUUCAGUUAUACAAUUACAUCUAGCAUUGGAAAUCCGUAUUUCCUCUAUUCCCAUCAUAAUUAAUUUCAAACAUGAUUUUGCAAAAAUUAUCUGAUUUAAUCCAUUAAUAUAAUUUUCUCAGGAUUACUAAGAUUAAACAAUGCAUCAGUGGCUUUCUCUGCGUGGAAGUUGCAGAAAUAUGUUAGGUGUCUUCUUUCCUCUUCAAAUGCUAAAUUACUAUUUAUAGUCCUCCUUGGGUUUGAAUUACUGAAUUUUACCUUUACCUGAACAGAAAGCAAAAUAAAUAAACCUGUAGGUUAGCUAGAUCUGUUAUUUUCUUGAACUCCCCAACUCAUCUCUUUCCUUCUCUCGAAUGAUGUCUGUAAGCCCACUUACAUCAUAAGGCGAUGGGCAGUAUAUUGGCCGAAGGAGUCUCAGUCUUUAUACUAGUAACUCACAGUUUUACAAAUGCAUUAAUUUCUUUUAGUCACGUCUACAAUCUGAUCAUGAUAAAUACAGCUAAGAUAGGUGACACUAGAAUUCUUAGGGUCUUCAGCUUAUCAGGUGUGCCUGAAACAAAAUACUUUUAAUAGACUCAGAAGCAUGGACCCUUCCUUAUGUAAGUUGUUUCUGAAUGUGUUGAACGGUACCUAAUGCUGUCUUAUACAGGCUUUUGUUACUUGGUCAAAAUAAAUGAAAAAGGAAAAAAUGCAC